AUGAGGGCAGUCAAUUAUAUGGAGUACAACCAAAGCUUAGUUGGUAAGAAAGUGGAGAGCAAGGGAAGAACAACAUAUAGUGAGGUUGCUGAUGAAAUUGUAGCGGAAUUUAUUGAAGCAAACAGUUCAGCAGUUUCUCUGGAUAAGGUUGAGGAGAAGAAUAUACGGAGGCGUGUAUAUGAUGCACUAAAUGUUCUUAUGGCACUGGACAUUAUCGUUAACGAAGGUAAGGAAAUUCGGUGGAAGGGUCUUCCUAGCACAGAUGUGAAGGGUAUGGAGCAGAAUAAGGUUGCAUUGCGUGUAAAGCUGAUGAACCAAAUUGGAAAGAAACCAGCCUACUUGAAAGAUUUGGAAGAACAAAUUACAGGUCUCCAAAAUCUGAUGUUGCGUAAUCACCAUCUGCUUGCUUCUGGAAAUAGCCCUUCUGGGGGGUUCUCUUUGCCGUUUAUAGUAGUCCGGACAAAUCCUCAUGCUACAGUUGAGAUUGAGACAUCUGAGGACAUGCAGCUUGUACAUUUUGACUUCAAUAGCACCCCCUUCUUGUUGCACGAUGAUGCUUACAUUCUCAAGUAAUUGCGCUGCUACCAACAUCCAGAGAGUUGAAACAAUUCCCAGAAUUCUUCGUUUCUCUCUUCUUCAAGCUCUGACGUUGCAUCUGGUGGAACCAAGUCAUUCUGCUGGAAUUCUGAAAUAGACAUGUCGAAAUGAGUCUUUUGACAACAGAAGUUAAUCCACAACAUAUUUG